GGCUCUAGGGCGGCAGAUAAGGCUGUUGCCAUGGUGAUGAAGGAGAUACCGAGGGAGGAGUCUGCAGAGGAAAAGCCCCUCCUUACUAUGACAUCACAGCUGGUGAAUGAGCAACAAGAAAGCAGACCCCUCCUGAGUCCUUCUAUUGAUGACUUUCUCUGUGAAACCAAAUCAGAGGCUAUUGCAAGGCCGGUAACGUCGAAUACAGCAGUAUUGUCCACAGGUUUGGAUCUCUUGGACCUCAGUGAGCCUGUCGUACAAACCCAAAGCAAGGCGAAGAAGACAGAGAAUGCAUCCCGAGAUGAAGGCUUAAAGGCUGCAGCCCAUAGAAAGAAGACAGACAGCUCAGACCUGAUUAAAGUAGAUGCUGAGCAGAAGGUCCUGGCGGUCAGAGUUCCAGAGAAGUCUUCAUUAGAUUUAGUCGAUAUUCAGACACAGCUAGAGAAAUGGGAUGAAGUGAACUUUCGUGGAGAUAGGACCAGCAAGGGCCAUCCAGCUACUGAACGAACAUCAUCAUCUAGAGCUCCAUCAAAAGAGCUUUUAUGGUCUACAGAGAAUAGGUCACAGUCUGAGCUGGCUAAAGUCAAGAGUGCCUUGGACUCAGAUUCAGCAUCAGAUUUAGAACUAGCCCCAGCAACACAGGCACGAUCAACCAAAGAACAGCGGUGGGGAGGUCCACUCCUCUCCCGUAAUCACUCUAUGGAGGAGGAAUUUGAAAGAGCAAAGGCAGCUGUUGAGUCAGAUACAGAGUUUUGGGAUAAGAUGCAAGCAGAAUGGGAAGAAAUGGCUCGGAGGAACUGGAUAUCAGAGAACCAGGAAGCUCAAGGGCAAGUAGCUGUUUCAACCAUUGAGAAGGGUUAUUACUUUCACACAGAAAACCCUUUCAAAGAUUGUCCUGGUGCUUUUGAGGAAGGAUUGAAAAAACUGAAAGGAGGGGACCUGCCUGUUGCGAUAUUAUACAUGGAGGCUGCUAUUCUACAAGAGCCCAAUGAUGCAGAGGCUUGGCAGUUCCUUGGAAUAACACAAGCAGAGAAUGAAAAUGAACAGGCAGCUAUUGUUGCCCUCCAGAGGUGCUUAGAACUACAGCCAAACAACUUAAAAGCUCUGAUGGCGUUGGCUGUAAGUUACACUAAUACUGGCCAUCAACAAGAGGCCUAUGGAGCUUUAAGAAACUGGAUAAAGCAAAACCCAAAAUACAAGUAUCUAGUGAAGAGCAAAAAAGGGUCUCCAGCACUUACCAGAAGAAAGUCUAAACCAGCAGAUGAAAGCUUGUUACUUGAAGAAGUAAAGGAUUUAUACCUGGAGGCAGCUCAUCAGAAUGGAGAUAUGAUAGACCCCGACUUGCAGACAGGCCUGGGAGUGCUCUUCCACCUCAAUGGAGAAUUUAACAGAGCAAUAGAUGCAUUUAGUGCUGCCUUAUCUGUUCGGCCAGAGGAUUAUACACUAUGGAACCGUCUGGGAGCAACCUUGGCCAAUGGGGAUCGAAGUGAGGAAGCUGUCGAGGCCUAUACUAGGGCUUUAGAAAUUCAACCCGGCUUCAUUAGGUCCAGAUAUAAUUUAGGAAUAAGCUGUAUCAACCUAGGAGCAUACAGGGAGGCUGUCAGCAAUUUCCUCACUGCUCUCAGCCUGCAGAGAAAGAGCAGGAAUCAACAGCAGGUUCCCCAUCCUGCAAUAUCAGGUAAUAUCUGGGCAGCUCUCAGGAUCGCUCUUUCUAUGAUGGACCAGCCAGAACUAUUUCAAGCUGCUAAUGUGGGUGACCUGGAUGUCCUAUUAAGAGCCUUUAACUUAGAGUUGUAA